AUGCUCCUGGCGUCCGCCCUGACUCGCGCUCGCCGCGUGCGCCAGGCCUCCCUGUACUCCGGGCUGCUCCGUGACCACGUGGAGCUGCAGCGCUCGCACCACGUGAUCGAGCUGCGCCUCAAGAUGAGCGAGUCGAAGGCGCGGUCGGCGGCCGCGCGCCUGCAGCAGCUGCAGUCGGAGGCGCAGGAGCUGCGCGAGCUCAACGAGCUGCAGGAGUUCCGCAUCCUGGAGCUGGAGGAGUCGCACGACCGAUGGUGUGCUGAUGUGGUCGGUUGGUUGUUGCGAAAUAGGUGUGAUGGUUGUGUUGUGAUGGUAUCUUUUGCUGUUCUGGAGAAGAUGAUUGAUGACAUGUGUGAUGGCAACAAUGUGCUGGUGUAUGUUUCUGUGGUUGUGGUAGGAGUUGUGGUGUCUGUUGGUUUGGUGUGGCACCGUGGCGGCGUUGAUGCUUUUGGAGGGUGUGAUUGGAAGUGUUAUGGCAACGAUAUGCCGGUGAGGUGUGGCUGGCGUGAGGUGUGGUGGUACGAGUCGGUGUGUCUGACGUGGUUGGUGGUGUGGGCGCAGCGAACCCCUCGGAGCCCGGGCGGCGGCAGCCACGACACGCGAGACGUGUGCACCGACACGGAGAACGAAGACGUGAGCGACUCAGGGGUGCUGUCGCUGCCCACCAGCGAGGACGUCGCCAGCGACAGCGACGCCGGCGGAACGCACGACAAGCUGCAAAGUCUUACCAUUCUUUUCCAGGAUUUACUAAAGAGCCAUUCGGAUUAUAGUACCCACCUCCUGCCAAAAUUAUCUAGUCGACCCCCGUUCAGCCACUUCCCGCACUUGACCGAUCUUCCAUCGCACGCGCUCCUGGAGCACGACAGGCACCUCACGGACGAGGAGAGCCUGGCGAAGCAGCUGAAGAACGCCGAGUGCCUGCAGGAGAGCGGCAUCUUCGAGGGCGACUCCGUCAGCGACUUCUGCUCGCGCGGCACGCAGACCGAAGGGGACCUCAUCCCCAGCCACGCGGAGCUCAAGGCCGAGAUCAAGAAGCUCAAACAGUAUCGCGAGUGCAUCAAGCAGCAGAAGGACGAGGGCGGCGGCGUGAGCGCGACGGAGCUGGCGGUGUGCCGCGACCAGCUGCGCCGCCUAGAGGACAAGGUGCUGGUGUAUGAGAGCAGCGGUGACGCGCAGGUGCGCCUGCUGGCCGAGCGCCUGCAGCGCGAGCUCAGCCUGGCGGCGCAGGUGGAGCAGCUGGGCGAGAAGGUGGCGCGCCUGCAGGCGGACAACGCGCGCCUGGAGGAGCAGCGCUGCGAGCUCGAGGAGGCCGAGAACGACACCAGGCUGCGCUGCCAGAAGAUGGAGCACAAGCUGCAGACGCUGAUCGACAAGAAGCUGGAGCUGCACCUGCGCCUGAAGGAGGAGCGGCGCGCGUCGGCGGCGCUGCGCGGCAAGCAGGCCGAGGGCGAGCGCUGGCGGCGCGAGGCGUCCACGCUCAAGGCGGCGCUGUCACGCUGCGAGGCGCGCAACUCGGAGCUGGAGGGCCGCGAGGCCGACCUGCGCCAGCACCUGCACCUGCUGCACACGUGCUGGCCCGCGGUGCUGCUCUGGCAGGUGUGGAGCGCGCUGUGCGCGUCGUGCGCGCCGCGCUGCCUGCAACUGCCCCCGGGCGCGCUGCCGUCGCGCUCGCCGGAGGCCGGGUGGGCGGCCGCUGCGGCCGCCGCCUCCCCCAAGCGCUCCCCGCUGCGCGCGCGAGCCAUCGAGGUCGAGAUGGCCCUGCGCCUGCCCGCGCCCUUUCUCCGGCCCUCUCGCUCGCCCUCGCCCGCGGGCUCUCCCGGAGCCGCUUGGGCGCGCGCUUGGGCUCGUCCGUCCUCCGAGGACGUGUUCGAAGCGAGGACGCGGCGUCCUCAGUGCAGAGAGCCUGAAGCUGGAGGUGCCCGCGGCGGCGACGCCUCGCGCGCCGCGCGCUGCCGUCAGCGAGCGCGCCAUCCAGACCGAGACACCUCGGCUACCUGGAGCUCAUAA